CUUAGACUUCAGCAUGUUGAGAGUUGUACAGCUAUUGUAUUGAAAGAAGCUUUGGUCCGUAUGCUUUCAAAGUCGUAAGUUAUCAAUCUCUAUGCUUCGUGGGCAAGGGUAUGAUGGAGCUUCUAAUAUGAGAGGUGAAUUUAAUGGGGUGUAGAAAUUAAUUCGUGAUGAGAAUCCUUAUGCUUUCUAUGUGUAUUGUUUUGCCCAUCAAUUGCAACUAGUGGUUGUUUCUGUCUCAACUUCUAGUGCAGAUAUUGCAGAUUUCUUUAACUAUGUUCCUUUAAUAGUCAACACUGUGGGUGCAUCUUGUAUGAGAAAGGAUGUUUUGCUUGCAAAGCAUCAUGAUGUGUUGCUAGAAAAGAUUGAGAAUGGUGAAAUUAUGACCGGAAGAGGUUUAAACCAGGAAAGUGGUCUAGCUAGACCUGGAGACACCAGAUGGGGUUCACAUCUUAAAACUUUGCUUCGCAUUUUGGUGAUGUGGGAGGCUAUCAUAGAUGUCCUUGAGAUAGUCAAGAAAGAUUCUGUUAAACCAGCAUGUACUGGAGGAGCUUUAGGUUUAAUUGGAAAAAUGGAGAGCUUUGAUUUUGUGUUCAUCAUGCAUUUGAUGAUAGAAUUGUUGGGCAUGACAGAUAUUUUGUCACGUGCUUUGCAAAGGAAAGACCAAGACAUAGUGGAAGCUAUGCAUUUGAUAACGGAUGUGAAAGAUAGCUUGCAGGAUAUAAGAGAAAAUGGAUGGGAGCCCUUACUCAAAAAAGUGAAAACUUUCUGUGAGAAGAAUGAGAUUGAAGUGCCGGAUAUGGAUGAGGAAAUAAAUAUCAGAGGGACAUCUAGACGUAGGAAGCAAAAGUGGCAACUGCUUCAGUAGAGAGGAUAUUUUCAGCCAUGUCCCUUAUAAAGACAGAUUUACGUAGUAAAAUGGGUGAUGAAUGGUUCAAUGACUUGAUGAUAUGCUAUAAUGAGAAGGAGAUAUUUAGAAAGAUUGAAAAUGAAAAGAUCAAAAAGAGGUUUGAAGAGAUGAAAAACCGUCGUAUGUUAAUGCCUAAAAAUUUGAUGGUACGCUCUGUUCUAUUCUAAAUUCAUAAUUUGAAGGUUCAUAUAUGUUUGACUAAUCAAU